UCUACCACUAUGUACGCCGCAACGCGUUGCGUUCACCCCCAACUUGACGAUCUUUUCGGUCAACCCUCUUUUACGCAAUUUGCUGUGAGAAGUGUUACCAAUUAAAAUUUUAGUCAAAAAGAACAUUUACAACAAUUUUUGAUAUAAUUUCGUGUAAAAUACGUAUUUUUAUAAAAAAAAUUUACAUGUUGGUGUAUUAUGUAAAAGCUAAUGGUACUUUACUUUAUCUGGGAGAGCCGAACCAACAGGUGGCGCUUCACCGUCGACCUCCGUACACGCCUAGGAUACUAAUGUUACAUUUAUUUCGUCACUUCGGCAUAAAUCGGCAACAAGUAUUCGACAUGUACAAGACGAUAAGAAAGAAAGUGAGGAAUUUAUAGUCGGGAAUAUAUCACAAUAAUGCUAGCCUGCGUCUGUCAACCUACCGACGGCGGCAUCUUCAGCCGAUCGCCCGUGCCACUUGGCGCUCCGCCGUUGCAAUCGAACGGUGCGGUUCCUAAAAGGAGCCGCGCGUUAGAAAAGCAUUCGGUAAUCACCACCGAACCUAACCCGAAAACGAUUCAUAAACAUCAGGAAACCUACAAAAAAACCAAGCACGUCGCGAAUAGAAUAACGAAGAGGACUGGGAGGAGUGAUGCUUUUGACACGGCGUCUGUUAGCGGCGAAAGCCUUUCAUUGAGUGUUAAUAAUGAAUCGAAUGACAAAGCUUUAGAAGGCAAGCUUUCGCAUGCAGAAGUUCUCGACGCUAAUACUUUAUGUGUUACAAUUUUAGUUGCGAAACCGAAGGAGUUUCCCUUAGCAAAUAUUAAUUGUCUUUCUACACGAAAUAAAUCUGAAACGAAACAAGAAACGAUUGGCUGUGAAACACGAAACACCUCCAUUGAAAAAUGUAACGAUCUGCGUAAGUUACCAGAAGGAGUGCAGCUAACACUGAGCGAGCUGCGCGAGAUGGCUUGCAGGCAACAAGCACAGAUUGAUUCGCAGCAUCAGCUACUAGCCGCGAAGGAACAACGUUUGAGGUAUUUAAAGGACCAGGAGGCCAGGCAGCAGAGGGUGCAGGCCGAGACGGAGCGGCUGCGAAGGCUUAGGGACCGCGUGGAUGCUCAAGAACUGAAAUUGCGUAAACUACGUGCUCUUAGGGGACAAGUGGACCACCAUAAACAAAAUAAUAUAUCUCUCACAAGUGACCUUGAAUCAAUUCGAGCCUUGUUCAAUGAGAAAGAGAAAGAAUUGUCUUUGGCUGUUGCGAAAGUUGAAGAGUUGACACGUCAACUGGAGGAGCUACGAAGGGGAAGAUCUCGCGACCAAGCACCUCCGGCGUCCGCUUUAGAACUUGAUAAAUUGCGUAGAGAGCUUAUGUAUAGGAAUAAACUCAAUGAACAACAAAAUCAGAGGUUAAACCAGCAGAGGGAGGCUUUAACUGCACGCCAAGAGGAGAUGAGCAGUAUUGAUAAACGAAUAUCGGAACUACAAGAACGUUUACAUCGAAAGAGACUGCUAAAUCAACAACUGGCCACGCAGAUUAGUGCAGCUUCAAAUAAAACUGCAUAUCAUCAGCUUGUUAGAUUGACUGGAUCCACGGAUCAGUGCAAUCAGUUUUAUGGGAGGAAGUCUCAGCACUUACCAAAUGGUCUACAAAGGGGGAAUAUUGCAACUGUGGAGCCAUACAACCAUGUUCCCCUGCCUCUAAGUAAGCCUCCGCUACAUUGCGGACUACAAGAGCAAACGCCUACAUAUCACCCAGUAUAUCAACCACAGAACCAUCAUAUAAUUAAUACAAAACCCGACAUAGAACAUCAGGAACAAGAAGAAAUUAAUAAAGUAGUGAAUCACUAUCCUCCAGGACCAGAAGAUAGUGAUGCCUUAAAAGAAUUUUCGGUCUCAAAAUCCGAUCCCAAAUAUCAAACAUUACCAUACAAUACAAAGUUCACCGUUAAUGUACUAUCAAAUAGAGUUAAUAAUAGAAUACCUGAUAAUAACGACAAUAAUGUAAAUAAUGAUUUAAAGGAUGUAGAGCAAAUUCAAACCAUAUCGACAAAUAGCAAUAUUCAAUCUCAACACAUGACUGUACAUAGUGCGCCGCUCAGUGUCAUAAACAAGAACAUUGCGACUCCGCUUAAUCAAAAUGACUUACUAGUAAGGAAGAAUUCAGAACCUGUUAUGAGUACAACACAAAACAAUGAGGAAACCAAGAAUAAUGCUAACAAACAUCAGUCCGCGGAGCUUAACUCGAGUCCAUAUCAAAAACCUAUCAGCAGCGUUGCUCCCACUUCGGUGCAACACUUCGGCAAGAUUUCCACGAUUUAUCAGACCUCUUCAAUAAAAGUUCAACCGGUCGAACCACAAACAGUCACCAAUAACCAGAAACAUUUACCAGUUCCUACCGCAAACCAGUCACCCAAUCUACCUUUAUCCCCUCCUCAAGCUAACAGCACGCCGAUCAGCACGCCGGAAGACAAAGUCCGACCGGCCUUACCACCAAAACCGGCCAUUAAACCGCCACCGCGACAAACUCAGAUACCUCCCGAAAGUGACGCGCCCAACCCAGAUCCUCCCGACGACAAACCGGCGAUAACCAACCAUCGGUUGGCACCUCAGCCUCCGACGAACCAAACUAAAAAUGUAACCUUCAGUCAGACGAAUCAAAAGAGUACGGCGGCGCCGGAAAACAUGCCGAUAAUUAAAGCGAAACCUCUAACGAUAAAAAAGCAACCGCUCAGCGAGCAGCCUAAACUACGCAAUUCGAUGCCGAAACAAAACGGUUUCAGUUCGACGAAUAGGCGAAUAGAAAUUCCGCCGGCCUUUCACUUUAACGACGUUGUCGCGGAGAAGGUACCCGAGGAGGUGACCAAGGGCGCGGAUGAGGUUGAUAAGGUUUCAUUAGAGGAGAAUGAUAGCGUGCAGGAGAAGGAGGAGGUUAAAAGUAUUAACGAUAACGUUAUAAGGCGAUGUCGAAAGGGGAACUUGAAGCAAAACGGAAAGGCCAACCUCUCGCGUCGGGUAAGUUUCGAUCCUUUGGCACUUCUGCUCGACGCUAGCCUUGAAGGCGAGCUGGAGCUCGUCAAGAAGACGGCCGGACAGGUGCCGAAUCCCAGUGCGGCGAACGACGAGGGAAUUACCGCCUUACAUAAUGCGAUUUGUGCGGGACAUUUUGAAAUUGUCAAGUUUCUAGUGGAGUUUGGUUGUGAUGUUAAUGCUCAAGAUAGUGACGGGUGGACGCCGUUGCAUUGCGCAGCGAGUUGUAAUAACGUUGCCAUGGUGAAGUUUUUAGUGGAGCAUGGCGCUUGCAUCUUCGCGACGACGUUGAGUGAUCACGAAACCGCGGCGGAAAAGUGCGAAGAGGACGAAGAAGGUUUCGAUGGUUGUUCCGAGUAUCUCUACAGCGUUCAAGAGAAACUUGGAAUUCUGUCUGGUGGAAUUGUGUAUGCGGUUUUCGAUUAUACAGCUCAACAACCAGACGAAUUGUCGUUUAAUGCUGGGCAACAACUAACAGUAUUAAGGAAAGGAGACGAGAGCGAGAGAGAAUGGUGGUGGUCGCGAUUAGAUGAUAAAGAAGGGUACAUUCCCAGGAAUCUUCUUGGGCUAUACCCGAGGGUCAGUCCAAAAGAAGAUUAGUGGUGAAAAGAAGAAAGAAAUUUUAUGAUUUUUACCAGAGUACCUUUUAUCUUUUUUUUGUAUUUUAUAACUAAUCCCUUUGCUCAAUAUAUCUGUCAGUAUAUUGGGUGUAGAUAAUUGAAAUUGUUAUGAUUUUAUUAUUUUGAAUGUAAUUAAUAAGUAUUUUCAUUUAAAUAUGUAAAUAUAUAAAUAUGAAAAUAAAGUUGUAUACAAAAUUGAA